AGUGUGAAUCGAAAAGAUGGAGAUUGAUAAUAAGAACGUGAAAUAUGUCGAGUAUGAUGGCUUGCGUUUACCGCCAUUUGUACCACUUUUGAAGGAUCCAAAGGAAAGAUUCGAAGAGAUCAGGGACAUGGAAUGCAGAAAAGAUGAUGUUAUUAUAGCAGCAUAUCCUAAAUCAGGAACCCAUUGGAUUUGGGAAGUGGUUUGCAUGCUUCUAAAAGGCAAGGCUGAAUAUGCCAAAGAAACAAAAGAUUUUCUUUUCUUGGAAGCUAUUCCGGACAUGAGUGUUGUUCAUAACCUUGCUUCUCCCAGACCUCUGAAUACACAUAUUCCAUACCGGCACUUACCAAAACAACAUGUGCAAAAUGGUGGAAAAAUUAUACAUAUCAUCCGGAAUCCAAAAGAUGUUGCAGUUUCAAUGUAUCAUCAACUCUUAGACACUGGUUUAUUUAAGACUUUCGACUUUAAGACGUAUUUGGAUAAAAUGUUUCUGAGUUCAGCAUGUCCAUUUUCCACUUGGUUCAAGUACGAGAAAGAAUAUGAAGAAGCCGAAAAGAAGGACAAAUUUGGCUCAAUACACACUAUACACUAUGAGAACAUGAAAAAGAAUCCAAUAGAAGAAACAAGAAAUUUGGCCAAAUUCCUGGAAUUGAGCACAACAGAGGAACUAAUAGUAGAAAUCGUAGAUAAAUGCAGCUUCCAUAAGCUCAAACAGAUUGACAGUUCUUUUAAAGACCAUUCACAUUUUAAGAAAAUAAUACAUGCAGAACGAGAAGGCUUCAAAAUGCCAGAAAUGCUUCGCAAAGGACAGAUUGGAGAUUGGAAGAACCAUUUUACGGUGGCUUUAAAUGAACAGUUUGAUGAUAUUUUCAAAGAAGAAAUGAAAGACUCUUCAAUUCAAGUACAGUUUGAAUAAAAAAAAAAUUCUUUUAAGAGAGGGGAAUAUGAAUCAUGAUUUGAGUUCUACCACACAUCUCCAAACUUAAAUUGAUAGUUCAAUUUACCUGGUAUGCUAAAUUUUGUUUGUUCAUUUGAUCUCGCAAACCUAAUUUUUGUUUGUUUACAUUGCUAACAAAUGGAGGUCAAACAUGGACUUCGGAAGGCGGAAUGAGACCUCCAUGUUUUCACGGAAUUCAUAAGCAGAAAUGAGAUUUUGUUUUAUACACAUCACUUGUAUUUUUUUUCUAUUCUGUAUUAUCUGAAUGUCUAAAGGAAAGAAAAGUCAAAGAUAACUCAAUGUGUAUAUUCAAGGUUAUAACCAGAUAUUAAAUGUGCUGUAUAAUUUCUGACUCAAUGUAUGGCGAACACCAAAAUACGGUAUAUCUUUAGAUCAAUUUUGUUUGGAAAGUGAGAUUUAUCAACACGCUUAAUUUUUGCUAUUGUUAUAUCAUCAAUUAUUGUUAUAUUAUUGAAAUCAAUGUACAUAUAAAAGAUAUAUGUCAUCCAGUCCAGAGAGCCGUAGGCAAACCUGGUGUGGAUCAUAAGGGGGUCUCUGAGGAGAAUUUACCCCGAAAAUGCCUUUAUGUAAUAUCUAUCUGAAUAAAAAAACG